AUGGUAGAUACAUAAUAUAAAGUUCUUAAAUCAAUUUCAAAUGAAUAUAAUUUAAAAACAGAAAAUGAAUUAGAGUAUUUCAAUUAUUUUAUGGAUGUAUUAAUCAAAUAAAAUCCAUAUGAUAAUUAAAACACAGAAAACAAAAAUAUAUUUUAACUUUUUUAACGAGAAUUACAAGAAAACGAACAAUUCAUAAGUAUUAAUAAUAAUAACAGAUAAAAUUAAUCUUAUCUUGACAUCUUCCAUCAAAAAAUUUAAUAGAUAUUAGAAAAAUCUAAAGAUUAAUUAAUAGAUAUGAAAUAAUUUUACUCUUAAUAGAUUUAGUAUUCAAUUAUUACAAAAGUUGAUAUUUAAGAAUAUUUAAAUUCUCAAUUUGAAUAAGAUUUUGAUUAAUUUUUAAGAAAAUAUGAGAAUCAUACUAAUAUCGGGGCUCACUUUUAUAAUUUUUUAUCUUUUUUAGACUAUUUGCAAAUUUCAUAUCAUAAAAAGUCAAAAUAAUAAUUAGAUAAUAUCAUAAAUAAUUAUUCUAAUUAGCAGCAAAUAAAAUAAUUAUUUAUUAAUAAAAGAGAAUAACCUUAUUAAGCCUUUAAUAAAUUGAAAAAAUCACUCCAUUCUGAUUAUAAUGCUAAUUAAGAAAUAGAUUUGUCUGGUACAACAUUUGGUUAAACUUUCAUGAAUACUUAUUAAGGUUUGAAAAUUAGUUAAACAAAAGAUGAAUCAUGGAAUAAUACUUAAUCAUUCAAAAAAGAACUUUUAUAAAAAAAUAUAAUAAUUAAAACAUAAAACGAUAUUUUUACAAGUUAAAAUACAUAUUAAGAAUCCUUUAACUUUAUAAUGUCUCCUUAAAGUUCUUUUCCUGUAUAUUUUAGAUCAAAAUUUCCAAAAUAAUUUAAUACAAUUAUGAUUAAUUUAAAAGGCUGGAAUAAACUUUAUAAUGAACUCUACAAUUUAAUUUAAUAAGAAAUGAUUUUUUAAAAAAGAAAAGUAAAUAAUAAUAAGGAAGAUGAAUAUAUUUAAUCUUUUAAUCCUUAUUUAAUCACAGGUAUAAUGAAAAAGGUUGAAAAUAGCAUUAAGGUAAAAUAUAAUAAUUAUUUUGCUUAAUUUGGUGUUAUUUUAACUGAUGUUGGAGAAAGGUGCAUCUAUUACUAUUCUAUGUUAAUUAUAUGGAGAUUCCUUUGUUAUUAACGUUAGAAUUCAAAAAAUAUAUAAUAAAAGCAUUAGAAAAAUUAUUAAAAUGAAUUAAAUAGAUGUAUAGCUGAAAUUAAUUAAGAUAAUUAAAAAUAAAGUUGUAUUAAAGCAAAAGAAUUGGUUAAUAAAAUAUAAAAAUCUUUAAAAAAAUAAUAUUUGGAUAUAAUUAAGAAAGAAGUAUUAUAAAAUAUUAAUAAAAUAAGUAUGUCAAAUUUUCAACUUGUAGAAAAAUUAGACAAGGAAUUACUUAUUGAUGUGGAUGAAAAAACAUUUGAGGAUUAGUAAUAUUAAUUAAAAAUAUUAUCUUAUACAACUGAUCAUAAAUCAUAUAUUAAUAAGUAUGUAUAGGAUAUGUUAGCAUAAUUUUAAUUAGAAUUGUUCGAUGAAUAUUCAAAUAAAUAUAGAUAAGAAUUAAGUUAAUACUUAAAGUGUAUUGUCAACAAAAUAAAUUUAUUAUAAUAUUCGAAUUAAAUAAUUUAUAUUAUUUUUGCUAUCUUUACUGAUACCAUCCAAACACGUAUUAUAAUACAUUAUUGA